AUGGGCCCAGCCUUCGGAUACCGAUGGAUCUUUGACAGGCGUGUGUAUACGAUCGACGUGACCGUUGGGGAUGGAAGUGUUACGCUGCCCAUUCUGGUUGACUCUGGGAGUGCCGAUAUAUGGGUUGCGGGGAGCAAUUGUGACAAUUGUACAUCAUCUGGUAUGGCCGACAGCGGUCUUACGGCGACAGAUAACUGCCAGGAGCAGGAGAAGGGCUAUGGGAGUGGCUCUGUGAAGGGCUGUCUUGUCCCUACAGAUGUGAAAUUCGGUGAUGGAUAUGAGCUAGAGGCAUUUCCAGUAUUGGUGGCUUCUGACUCGGAAGGGUUCGACCGGUCUUAUAUGAGCGGUAUCUUUGGGCUCGCCAUGAAUAAAUCAUCAAUCAACAAUCAGGCCACGCCGCUGAAUAUGAUGUCUCAACUGGGCAUGAUUUCGACCCCCGAAGUAGGAUUUUACCUCGAUCGCGCUGAAACUGGGAGUGAGAUCAUCUUUGGCUCUCCACAUGACGACAAUCACGCCGACCAGAGCAAGAAGGUCACUCUGCCGAAGGUCACUGAGGAUGAUGGAUUGUAUCGCGUGACCAUGGACGGCUUCGUGUCCCACGGCUAUAUGGUUUCGAGUACCGAGUCGAACGUCAGCAUGGAGAAUAUCGAGGUCAUCCUGGAUACUGGAACUUCCGAUAUUCGAGUCCCGGAUACGAUGAUGUUGCCGAUAUAUGCUGCUCUCGGCAACGGCACCUUCUUCACAGACACCACUACUGGAGACCUCGUCGUUCCAUGUGAAGGUCCGGACAAUAAGGAUGAGGCAUUGGCGCUACAAUUUGGCGGACAGCAGUUCUAUUUCAAGUGGGAAGACCUCGUUGCCAACCCAAGCUCCACGGAUGCCAACUAUUGCUAUUGCAGAGUUCAAGCCUCACCCUCUUCCAUCAGCGACUACCUCAUCGUAGGCUCAGCGUUCUUCCACAAUGUAUACCACGUAAUCAACAUCGACUCUGGAUACACAACACUGUAUGGGCUGGCGGACGUCUUCUGA